CCACAUAAUAUCCUUAAGGACACCAAAGACGCUGCCAAUCGCACCCACACUCAAUCUCGCUAGUCAGCCAUGGACAUUGCAGCACCCACGUUCCCUUCGUCCCACAACUGAUUCGCCCACCUCCAAUGGCGGCCGCAGCUCUCUCCCUCCUCCCCUCCUCCUCUCCUCACCUCCUCUUCCCGCCCUCUUCUUCCUCCUCCUCCGCCUCCUCCUCUUCUUCUUUGUUUGUAUCCGGUGGGACCCAUUUGAAGACCCACAAGAGCUUCGUUUCUCUUAGUUCUUCUUGGCCAUCGUCAUCUUCUUCGUCUACUUCUUCAUGGAAAUUCAGCGCGAAACGCAGCGUUGGGAGAGUGUUUGCUGCUUCUGGCGAUUACUAUGCCACUCUUGGGGUUCCCAAAUCUGCCACCAGCAAGGAAAUCAAAGCCGCUUAUAGACGUUUGGCUCGCCAGUACCACCCUGAUGUCAACAAGCAACCAGGAGCAACCGAAAAGUUUAAAGAGAUCAGUGCUGCAUAUGAGGUGCUAUCAGAUGAUAAGAAGCGAUCUUUAUAUGAUCAAUAUGGUGAAGCCGGGGUUAAGAGCGCCGUAGGGGGAGGUUCAAGUGCCUAUACGACAAAUCCAUUUGAUUUAUUUGAGACUUUUUUCGGGCCGAGUAUGGGUGGAUUCUCUGGUAUGGAUUCUGGUUUUGGAACGCGUCGUCGUAGCACUGUUACUAAGGGUGAAGACAUCCGUUAUGACUUCACUUUAGAAUUUUCUGAGGCUAUAUUUGGAGUGGAAAAAGAAUUUGAACUUUCCCAUCUGGAAACAUGUGAAGUUUGUGCUGGAACUGGCGGUAAAGUAGGCUCUAAAAUGCGGAUUUGUUCUACUUGUGGUGGGAGGGGUCAAGUUAUGAGAACAGAACAGACACCUUUUGGCCUGUUUUCCCAGGUUUCCGUAUGUCCAAAUUGUAGUGGAGAUGGGGAAGUUAUUUCUGAAUACUGUCGGAAGUGCUCUGGUGAAGGACGUGUUCGUGUUAAGAAAAGUAUUAAAGUUAAAGUUCCUCCUGGUGUUAGCACAGGAAGCAUUCUGAGAGUUGCUGGAGAGGGAGAUGCCGGGCCGAAAGGGGGCCCUCCCGGGGAUCUUUAUGUAUAUCUUGAUGUUGAAGAAAUAGAAGGAAUUCAAAGAGAUGGCAUAAAUCUCUCCUCAACAGUUGCUAUCAGCUAUCUGGAUGCAAUAUUGGGGGUUGUUGUUAAGGUCAACACAGUUGAAGGGCUUACCACACUACAAAUCCCACCAGGCACCCAACCUGGGGAUAUUCUUGUCCUGGCAAAAAAAGGAGUGCCUAAGCUGAACAAACCAUCAAUACGUGGCGACCACAUAUUUACAAUUAAAGUAACAAUACCAAAUCGUAUCAGUUCCAAGGAGCGUGAAUUGCUGGAAGAACUUGCUUCACUGAGUAAUACUGCUGCACACGUUCACGUACUCGCUCUAAAGUGCAGCCAGCUACAACUAGUAUGGAAACUGAGGUGGGAUCGGAUGGGGAGAAAACAGAGGAAGCAGGAGAUCAAGAUGACCCAUGGAAGAAGUUAAAAGACUUUGCAGGGUCUGUUGCAAAUGGUGCCCUAAAAUGGCUGAGAGACAACCUCUAGUCUGGUGUGUUCAUGAAGUUUGCUCCAAAUUUGCCCAAAAAUUCGGCUAUAUAUUUUUUUCUUCCUCCCAGAAGGGGUACUGGACGAGGCCGUGCAGCCAAAAUGUCUCCACUGUUUUACAGAACCUAACUUGCCAGCGUUGCAGUGAAGAUCUUGAAUUGUGCGGUAGGCGAUGUUGGUUUUAUUUUUUGCACUUGUAAUUUAACAUUUGUCAAAUAAUAUACAGAAUCAGCUGCUGCGUCUGCGCUGCAUGAACUGAUUUGUAUCGUCUAGCAGGCUAGAGGGGCAUCAAAUUCUUGUCAAUGAAACUCAAUUUCAGAUUCAACGUUUAUUGUAUUUCAUGUUUUUUUGAUGAAUGAAUUUCUCUCCUA